AUGCAAGCCAUACAGAAUGCACCUGUGGAUGAUCCUGCACCUAAGCGGACCAAACGGCCUCGCGCUGCCCAGGCCUGCGACCGGUGCAGGACCAAGAAGUAUAAGUGCGACGAGCAAUAUCCAUGCUCGCAUUGUAGAAGUAAGUUGCUGGAGGGGUAUAUCUUGAGCGGGGUUUCGGAUCGCAGAACUGACAGGGUCUUAGAAAGUCACCUAGAUUGCGUGUAUCAGGGCAAUUAUAGGGAGCGCGAAAGCAACCGGUCGGCAAGUUAUGUCACCGAUCUGGAGAAGAAAGUCGAGGAGUUGGUCUCGAAGCUACGCGCGGCCGAGGCCCAGAUCAUAUCAUCGCCACUCCCUCCACAUGGGUCGAUCGCGCAAAGUGUAGUUCCUGUGGCAUUAGAUGCAACACCUUGCUCUAUGCCACGCACGGGCUCGACACCGCAGUCCGCGGAAAGCGCGGACGACGAGAUCAACGAACUGAACCAUCAUACGAACGCAAUUGAAUUCCACGGCAGCACUUCAUCUGCAGCGGCCAUCGGUCAUCUGAAGAAGGCGCGAGAGCCGAAAACCCACGAGGAAUAUUAUCCGCGCUCGGCAGACUUUUCAUUGAUUUCAACGCUGCAUAACCCCAGCUUCUCUCCAUCCACCACCGGUCCCAACCAAUUAACCUCUAUUGAACAGCAAAACUAUUAUUUUGAUCAGGCGCAUGUGUUCAUGAAUGGUUAUUUUGAGAAUAUCCAUUUCAUCCAUCCGUUCAUCGACAAGGAGGAUUUUCAAGCGCGCGCUAGUGAUCUGUGGUUGAAUCGUUCUCGUACUCCCGAGCCCAGCUUUGUCGCAUUGUAUUUGAGUAUCUUGUCUUUUGGAUCACUGGUACGAGUAUGGGACGAAGAUACUCUUGCCGGUCUAGGUCGUUUCGAAUGGAGCCGAAAGCUAUUUGGCGAAGCCCAAGCAUACCUGAAUCACUUGCGCUUUUCGAAUGAUCUUGAAACUGUUCAAUGCCUCUAUUUAAUGGCUAAAAUUUGCCAAAAUGAACUCAACCCAAAUUUGGCUUAUAUGUAUCUUGGUCUGGCGGUGCGCACUUGUCUAUCGGCAGGCUUCAACCGAGAGGUCCGGGGCCCUAAUGAUCAACGUUCGAGCUGGAUCUCGAAAACGUGGUGGGGCUUGUUUUCCCUUGAAAUAGAAAUGAGCUUUUCAGUCGGACGACCAGAUACAUUGGGAAUGGACGAAUACCAUAAUCGAGCUAUUCCACCCCGAGAUGACUCUGAGUAUGCCAUCAUCCCGUGGAUGGUCGACUUUGCCCAGAUCGUCCGUCGGGUCUCUGUCCAAAUUUACCAUUCGCGUAUCACACUCCAGGAAAAGCUCCAACUGGGCCUUCAGAUCGAAAUGGAGAUGGACCGUUGGCUCGCACGUUUGCCUGAAAAAUUAAGGCCAGAUAUUGGUGCCCACAAGUCUCCUCGAAGUGCGCUUCGCGAUCCAAAGUGGGCAAGAAGACAACGACUUGUCCUAGGAAUCCGAUAUUAUAAUGUGAAGAUGCUAUUGUUCCGGCCAUUUUUAAGCCACUUCACCCGCAAGCUUCGACAUCCUCCAAGUGAACUGGAGGAAACAAUCGCCAAAUGUCUGGACGCGGCCAUGAAGACCAUUGAAGUGAUACAUGACAUCUAUCGAGUACAUGAAUUUUUCAGAUGCUGGUGGUACAACACGACAUAUGUGAUGUUUGCGACGUCAACCCUUCUUCUCCCAAUGUCAAAACUCGGCAUGUGCGAAGAAACGAUGCCACUGCUUCGCUCCGUAGAAAUGGGAGUUGAGAUCCUAGAAGCCAUGGAGGAGUCCGUCGUGGCACGCAAGUCGGUUGAAAUUAUUCGACAGUACCUACGAGAAUUCCGCGCCUCCGGGGCACAGCAUAUGGCCACAGGAAAUGGUGGAGAGCAUGGUGAUCUGGCCGCGUCAGGAGAACCAGGGCCUAGUCAGCCCAGCUUUGAAAUCCCAGACUGGGCCCACGGCUUCGGUUUCCCAGAUUACUCAUUUGAUGGAAUCGCCCGGUUGUUUGAUGAUAUUGGCGGACUGCCUAUGUUGGAUGAGAAUAAUGUAUGA